AUGUCUUACAAGGGAUUUCACCUUGACCGAAGGAAAUACUCCUGUUCCAUCUGUUUGGAUCUACUGAGGCAUCCGGUGACUAUUCCCUGUGGACACAGCUACUGCAUGGACUGCAUUCAAUACUUCUGGGAUGGAGAAGAGCAGAGGAGGAUCCACAGCUGCCCUCAGUGCAGGAAAACAUUCAGRCCGAGGCCUGUCCUGAAGAAAAGCAUCAUGUUGGCAGAGUUGGUGGAGGAUCUGAAGAARACUGGACUCCAAGCUGAUCACUGCUAUGCUGGACCUGAAGACGUGGCCUGUGAUGUCUGUACUGGGAGGAAGAUGAAAGCUGUGAAGUCCUGUUUAACCUGCCCAGCUUCCUACUGUAAGAAUCACCUCCAGCCUCAUUAUGUUGCUACACCGUUGCAGAAACACAUUCUGGCGAAUCCCAGGAAGAAGCUCCAGGAGAACAUCUGCUCUCGUCACAAUGAGGUGAUGAAGAUCUUCUGUCGUACUGAUCAGAAGUUCAUCUGUUAUCUCUGCUUACUGGAUGAACAGAGAGGCCCUGAAGUGGGUGUCUUCCUGCCACAGCCAGAACCAAAGAACAGAGCUGGAUUCUUAAAGUAUKCAUGUAGAAUCAGACUUCAUCCAAACUCAGCAAACAAAUACGUGUUAUUGUCUGAUGGGAACAGAAAAGUGACAUUAAUGAAUCAUCGGCUGUCUUAUCCUGAUCAUCCGGAAAGAUUCACCGACUGGUUCCAGGUCCUGAGCAGAGAGAGUCUGACUGGACGUUGCUACUGGGAGGUGAAGAGGAGAGGAAGAGGAGUUGAUGUUGCAGUUUCAUACAGGAACAUCAGCAGAGCAGGGAAAUCCAACAARUGCGCCUUCGGGUUCAAUGAGAACUCCUGGUCGAUAUCAUGUCAGAAAACGGGUUAUACUUUCUGGCACGAUGGAGUUGAAACUCAGGUACCAGGUCCAGUUUCCUCCAGACUAGGAGUGUAUCUGGACCACAGAGCAGGUAUUCUGUGUUUCUACAGCRUCUCUGAAACCAUGACUCUGAUCCACAGAGUCCAGACCAGAUUCACUCAGCCUCUAUAUGCUGGGGUUCAGUUUUAUUUCUACCUAAAUUCAUACCGAGGAGGCGACUCUGCUGAGUUCAUGAAACUGAAUAGAGAUUAAUUUGCUGAAAAUCGCAAUUUCAGUCACCAGUUUUCACCAUUACUGAACUUUGAACGAUGCCCACAUUGUUCAAAGUUAAACUUUUAAACACAAGAACUUUAUCCAGUUUAUUUCUUGUUUUUUUUUUUUUGGGUUUAUUCGCUUUUAAAGGACGGGUGUUCAGGCAAUAGGUACUKUAAAAAUGUAGGCCUGUGUAAUGAAUUU